AUGGUUUCUCACGUCUUUUUCGCCUGGUUCCUCCUUCUGGUUGCCAUUUUCAACGGGGGAGCCGUCGCCAGGAGAGGUGGGGGAGGGGACCAUGACAGCGACAGCGAUGGUGACAGUAGCAGCGACGGCGAUAAUAAUAGCGGCAGCGGUGGAAGCGACGGCAGCUCAGGUUCCUCAGGGUGUGGAAGUGGAGGUACAAGUAAUGGUCUAAGCACGACAUAUCUUGUUCCUAGACACGCCUGGAACUGGACAUCCCAGAGCGGCGCAUACGCGACCGACAGCCCAACUAUAUACGACGGGUCAUACUUCCAGGGAGAGGGGUCCCUGUCGUAUAAUAUGACCACUGGAACCCAAUGUCAAAUUACGAAGCAGCUCCGGCUGCUAGGAUAUGCCUGGGUCGGGCCACAGGUUCCAUACCCGACAGGACCCGAAAACCCAUUCAUCGUAGGGUUCAAGGCGUGGGAAUCCACCAAAUCCGUCAGCGAAAUUCACUCAUCCUAUACACAGAUCACAUGGGAAGGCGACUCGUGCUCUUCACAGCCGGAUCUCUUCCGCAUCGUCACAACUAAAGGCUCGGCCUCUCGCACCGAAGCUGCAGACACGAUGAUCAUGAAUGUCUCAACCAGUUCCGCGGCACCUGAUGUUGUUGACUUCAAUGCUACCACAGGUACUGACUCGGAUCUUCGAAUCAGUGAUUCUGAUGGCUUGUUCCGUCUCCGUGCGGAGAGCUGUGCUUCGCACGACACAGAUAUGCACUGGCCAGCCACAACAGUCAUGCAAGGUUCUGUUACAAACACCACCUUGGAGCUUAAGUUUUCCGGUUCAGUUGACCAGAACUCAUCUCAAUACCAAUCCUACGAUGGCAUUAAUGAGAACUUGAAAGUUAAUUUCACGCUUACCUUUUCUGGGCAGUUUGACAGCGUCAAUUCAACCCACGCUCUCAAUGUUCAACGAAGCAAUCAGAGUCUUGCGUGGGUGCCGAAUAGUGCCACCAAUAUUGCAUCCGGUGCUUGGGGUUAUAUAUUGAUAGCCGCUGUAGGAAUACAUGUCAUGGCUUUGGAUCUGUGGUAA